AUGGCUUCUUCCGAUGAUGAUGGUGACCUCGAUGACGACCUGGAUGCGGAUGAGUCGUACCAGGCCAUCCGAAUUCCUUUGGGGCAUCCGCCGGUGGUUUUCGGGUUGCCCGGCAGCGACCAGCUUCUGCAGAAGGUUAUUUCUCAUUUGCAGUGGCGAUCAGGGGAGUGCCACUUUGCCAUGUUCGACAACGGCGAGAUUGGGCCGAAAGUCUUACAGACGGUGACCAAUCACGAUGUCUUCGUGAUCAUCGUCCGUAACGAUGCUGCAUCCGAGGUGAACUUUUCAUUGGUGAGAUUGCUCCUUCUGGUGGACGCCCUCAGGGGCGAGUCCCCGCACCGACUAACGGUCGUGAUGCCCUGCUUGGAGUACGCUCGGCAGGAUCGGAAACUCAUGGCCGGCGAGGCCAUUGCCCCCAAGCUCAUGUUCCGAUGCAUCAAGACUGCGGGAGCAGAACGAUUCCUGACGGUGGACUUGCACAAUCAGGCGGAAGCUGCAUUUAGCCCACCUGGCAUGGUGCUCGACGAGCUGAGCUCCGACAGGUAUCUUGCAGACUUCAUCCGACAGAACGUGCCAGGUUUCGAUGAGGAGCACUCUCUCGUGUGUGCCACCAACGGGGGAGGCAUGAAGUUCACGCGGCGGAUGGCAGACAUACUGCGUGUGGGCUUCAUCAUGGCGGAUCGCUUCAGACAGAAGGUUCCUAGGACGGUCGGAAUCUCUUUGGGGGCACAUGCUUACCUGCCUGCCAUCUCCGCCUGA